AUGUCGUCCUCUGAAGAUGGGCAGGCAAUAUUUCUCUCCGAAUACUUGAACGAUGUUUGGAGCGAAAUCACGACCGGCCAACAACUAGUUUCUCGGCAAUGUUGUGCUGUGCUGCUCAAGCGCGAUCCGGAUUUGCAAAAGUUAGUGCAAAAGGCAUAUGUAGAGGAGAAUCCGGAUAUCCUGAAGGGAUAUGGCCUUCCUAGUCAUCCAAGAGCAAUGGUGUAUUACAGGGAAGAAUUAUGCGAAAUAUUCAACAGGUUAGAAACCAUGCGUGAACCCUUAGAAAAAGUGGUAGACGGUACUGCGACAUAUAAUUCACUUCCAUGGAACUUGCGCGGCGACUUCGUCUCUAGCACGGAUGUGGUGGAACAUAUUAGGAAACUUAGCAUCCCCUGCAAGUAUCGCAGUAGCGAACCGCUUCUUGUACUGCACGAAACGGGACGCUUUCAGUCAGAACCCGAACUCAACGAACGCAUGGAUCAUAUAUUUACUCCAGAUAAAAAUACUUUCCUGGUAAAUUCAUCAGGAACAGGCAAAACCAGGCUCUUGUAUGAAGGUCUUUGCAAGCAUUGGGGUCUUUUCUUCACAGCGGCAGUCGACACGUUCGGUCUGGGUUCCGUUGAUGUUCAAUCUGUCGUCAAUCAACGACUACCAUAUGACCGAUACUUCACCGCUGUGCUCAACGAUGAAGACGCAACUUCUGACUCUGGACCUGUGCUAGCCAAUAUUGCACUGGCUUAUCGUCGUUUCAGCGAAACAUUAUUGGCCAGGUUGUUGGUAUUUAAGCUGUACAUCGAAAUUGUGGCCAAGGGCGAAAUCCAAGAAGUACAUAAAAGGCGAUGGCUGCUUGCUCAAUUACAGCCUUAUUUCACGAAUGGUUCAGACGUGUUUGCAGUCUUACAGACCACUAUCCGUACUUCAAGAGUCACUGAUGCAUUACUCAUUGAUUGUAUCACGCAAUGUAUAGAAGAUAUCAUGAAUCUCUUCCGACGUCACUCUCCUGGAUCUCAUUUCUUCGUCGUUCUUGAUGAGGCCAAUGCUGCUUCUGAAAGACUUGGGUUCGCCUUUCGAAGUGUCCAUGGUCCGCAUCCAGUACUGAAGGAGAUCAUAAAAACAUGGCAAUCGCAUCUGCAUACCAUGUCUUCCACCAUGGUAGUUGCAGGAACAUGGAUUCCUAAUGUUCAUUUCCAGGAAGACAACUGGAAAGAGUGGCGAUGGACAUCAUCAACUGGCGCUUUUGACAAUUUCGAGGAUCAACGAGCAUAUAUACUCAAAUACAUGCCACGCGAUCUCGCUUUUUCUGCUUCUGGUCAACAUCUUUUGCAUCGCAUGUGGGUUUGGCUUCGGGGGAGACAUCGAAUGACUGCGGCGUUCAUAACUAUUAUGCUUGUUGAUGGAUUUCGCAGUCCACAUUAUUUGCUGAACCGUUACAUCCAGAUGUUCACCGAUUUCUGGCCAUCUGAUGGAGGUGAGUUCAUACGAGCCGAAUCGCCUCGGUCUUGUUCAGAGCUUGACGGCAUUCCAAUGGGACAACUUGAACGUAGUACGUUUUCAAUUCUAUAUGCUGCAGAAAACACCCUCAUUUCCACUGAAGUAAACCCGUUACGUGUAAACAUGCAACAUCUGUUAUUGAAGCAUCUCAUUGCCGACUACCGCUUUACCCCACCAUUGUUUCACGAAAUUGGUUGGGUGACCACUGCGUUUGGACGUUUUUCCGACGAUGCAAUGACGUGCGUUGCCGUAGACGAGUCCCUCGUUCUUAUUGCCGUGGCUCAGUGGCUUUUGGAAGAAUCAUAUCUGGCUCCAGACUUAGAUCACUUCAUCUCUUCUCGUUCUUUCGCCGACGAACCUCUUUCAUAUGACUUGGACUACGUUGCAUUUGCUGUAGCGCUGUGUUUCAAAAGACCUCGAGUAGUUUCGGAAGUUCUCUCGUUUUCAACCAUUACACCUCCGAACUGGGCAUCCCAGCGAGCUCACCUUGUCGCUCUCAGAAGGGAGGGAGAAAAUGUAACAGAAGAUACCAUCGAAUAUUCGCCCGAAAAACCUUCCCAGCUCGUUUUCUAUACAUCGAUCUCUUCUGCUGUACUCGACUGGCUGAAGGAUAGUCAUGGCGUACCGUUCUGCAUGCAUACCAGAGAGGCGACAGCGACGCUAUAUUUCAUCCUUGAGCUCGAGGAUUCUGCUCGGAUCUGUCUAUCUCUCCGAGGAAUAUCCAAUAGUGAAGAUGAAGAUCAUGAAGAGAGUGCGGCAAUCCGGACAGCAGUCAACGAAAUGACACCUCUUGGACUACUGAAAGAGGGCGAUGCUCUUGAUGAAGCAACCCUCACUGCUGGAUUCGGAGCUAUACCCAAACGAUCUUUAGAUAUAGGUUCAAUAGGCCUAUUGCGUACCCUUGUCUCGCUCCGCAACAAAGUUCGUAUUCAAGGUGUACCAUUCGAUGCACUUGAUAAGUAUCCAGUGGCGACACUGAACAUUACUACUCUUCGAGACGCUGUAAAGGAUAUUUCACAAAAAGAUGUUUUUUCCAGCAUUGUUACGUCCGUUGUAGGUGAUUUGAAGAGGAAAGCUCCGCCAGAAACAUUUGUAUCGCGCACCAAGCUGCGUCUUUCUGAUCCUACAAUGGAAGCGUCUUCAUCCACCUCGGACGCUCCUGUUCCUUCCCGCUCCAAAGCAAUUGGUGGUAGGAAAUUGCGCAGCGCCGUCCAACCACAGACGAGUAAUCCAAAAGGCCAGGGAAACAAAAAUUGGAAACCCUCGGCUCCCAAGAAAGCUCCCAGAAAGGUGGAAACCGCUUUGUCUGAACCAGCUACCUCGCGAUACAAUUUGAGGCCAAGGAAACCAAGAUAG